AGUGACAGCGCCUAGUUAUGAACAAUCUAAAAAAAAUUUGGCAAGCAUUAUCUCUAAUUAGUAACUUUACAUUCAAUGAACUGUCAGUCAUUUUUUUGCCGAUAUUGCCAAGUUUGAAAUACCAAUUUAGUAAUUGUUCCAUAAAAUAUAACCCCAUCACAUGAAAGAACAACGAAUGAUAAGCUGGUUGACCAGGUUUUAGGAUGUUUAGCCUUAGAGAAACAAUAGAGAGUAUUCAAGAUUACCAGAAGAGAUUUAUGGUGUCCAGCCAAACCGCGUCCAGCCAAUCAUACAAUAUCUGUAUUUUUACAAAUUUUUAAAAAUAUCAUUCAUCAUGUCGUUACAACUUGCCAAAACUAGAUUAAUUUUUCAUUUCUUACUUAUGUUUAUGUGAUCUUUGUUGUGGCGAGGUUUUUGUUUUUGAAUUAAAUUAAGUUUGAGAAACCUGGUUCCAGUCCCCUGCUCGUUUAGGUAAAGGCUAAUCAGUUGUGUCAUGUUGUGGAGAAAUUAAAAUACCUGCAAUUUGUUAUCAUGUUACGCCUUGUAUUGCUCUGCCAAUACUUGCUUGCUUUGCAAUACUUUUAAGAUAACGUUUUGCACGGCUAGCUCCGUUUGUUAUUUUGCCUUCAAAAGGUUUUAAAAGAACUUGUUCAGUUAACGUGGGAGUCUGUUUAUAGCAUGGUCAUUUCAUAAGAUGAUGAAGAGUCCCUCUUAACCGAGGCCAAUUAAUAAAAGUGUGCCAUCCUGGGUUAUUUGCCCAAUCAACUACCAGUAACCAAUUGGAACACUAAGUAGAUUAGUCAUCGAAAUAUUAUAAUGUUUCUCUUUGGAAAAGAUCAAAAGAAGAUUUUUUGACUAGAGUUAAAUAUUUACAUAUGUAUUGUAUGUAUUUGCGUCUGAAUUCUCCCAUCAAAGACUAGAAAAUUAUGUCUGACUGAAAGGUAUAUUUUGACGCAAUGGAGCGACAUUGACUUCCGAGUAGUAUCUGCAGCUCAGCCAAUCGCCUCUUCUUAUUUGUGAGAAUCUCUUAAGAUUAAACCAAAAAAUGUAACCACUGACUUUCAACAACAUGACUGGCAAUUUCUAGAAAACUAAGAUUGGUUUCCUAGCAACUGGACAAUUUUGUUCUCAUUCUCUCUUUAUCAUCUUAAUACACCUGUUGUGUCAUAUUCGAUAUCAUGCAUAUUUUGAAUUCAUAAGGAAGAAGACAUGACAUGAAUCACCAAUUCCAAAGUUUGCAUCAUCUAUUCAAUAAAGUUUCCUGUCUAAAAUAGGGAGGGAGUGAUUAACUGAACUAUCCUCUGUAUUCUUCGAUGAGAGUAAGAAUAGUCUACGGAGUGUUAGCUGUAAAGUGGAACGACAAUUGAAACAUGGGUUGUGGUUCAUCUACUCACUCAAGACUACAUCAGGACUCUAUAUCCAUCCCGUUAUCAACUGCGCAAAAAUACCUUGUACGAGAGACUUGGGAAACUAUUGAUGCUCACAAAAACUCGGUGGGGAAAAAGACGUUUCUAAGUCCUGAGUUUGUGAACCUUAAGCGAGAAGAGCUUGAAAGAGCAAAUGCUUUACAUGGACACGCUAAACGAGUUAUGAAGGCCGUGGAAAAUGCUGUUACAGCCAUGGAUGAUACGGAGAGUUUUGCUGCAUACCUGGAGGGACUGGGGCAGAGACAUAUCGCACGUGCCCUUAAACCAUCUUAUCUUGAUGCAAUGCAGUUGGCAUUGAUUGAGACCCUUCAAGACCUCUUGGAAUCACAAUGGACUGAGGAAACCGCAGAUGCUUGGAAUAUAUUAUUUCGAUUUAUUGCUGACACGAUGAAGAGAGGACUACAAAAGAAAUGAUACUGAAUGUCGGGAUUAAUAGACUAAAUAAUUUCAUUGAAAUGGAAGU